AUGUUCUUCACAUUCUUUUUGAACUCGCGGCAUCGGUGGAGGGUGCGACGACGAUUCUACAUUGGUAUAUCUACUGGGGCUCGGGCGGGUAGCUGGGGCUCGGGGAAGUGGCGAGGGUCAACUCCGCGUUUAGCGUGGUCAAGCGCACUUGUCUCACGCGUGAAGCGUCAGCAUCCUUGUCCGCGCUGCGGAACCAUGACAGCUCGGCAUACGCAUGCCAGCACUUGCAUCCGCCCAGCACUUCCCAACAAGGACACGCUCGACGUCGCGCGGCUGACAGGCACUCUCGGUCACAAUGGCGUCGCCGAGCUGCCGCCGGGCUCUCCAAAGUCCAACAAAAAUGCGUCGCUCAAUGCCAGCCUUGCCCGUUACCCACAGAGUGUGCAGGGAACGAGUGACAGCUUCGGGCACUCGGUAUCUCUCCCUCAGUCAGACGACUCGGCAGUUUCGUCUGACAUAGACGACGCCAUUGAGAACUAUGACCAGCUCCAACUCGAUCCCGACACCUUGAUCCUCAAUACCAGACGCAGCCUCGACGAAGCCUACCGACCUAGCAAUUCCAAGAUGGAAGGGAAAGAGCAGAACGGCGAGCAGGAAGAAUCUGCGUCAGAAGCAAAGCGCGGCCAUAAGAAACGCAAUAGCAUUCAGAUCAGACUGGCGCGGACAGAUAGGAAAGGAAAGUACAUUCUCACCGCCGAUGAUCCUGAAAUCAAAGCAAUCUUAAGAAAGGGCAUUGAGAGGGAAGCGGAGGAGGCAGAGGGCAAGAUCAAGAAGCCGCCGCGCAUCAACUUUCGCGACCUCGUCUUCACACGUCGAUUCACCACAUUCGAUCGGCAGAAUCCCGCGAGUGCCGACAGUCCCUUCUUUGGCUUCUUCACGCUAUUCUGGAUAUGCAUGUUCCUCAUCUUCUUUCAAGUCGCCCUGCGAAACUGGCGCGACUAUGGCAGCUGGCUGGGCGGCAAUCAAAUCAUGAGGAUGAUGUUCACAAGAGAUGUAUUCUUGCUAGGCGUCACAGAUGGAGUCAUGUGGAUCGCGACCUUUGAAGGAUACUUCUUCCAGAAACUCGUCAGCCGUGGAUAUAUCAGCUGGGGCAGAAGUGGCUGGGUCGUUCAAAAUAUCUGGCAGAUGGCAUAUCUGGGAUCGGUGAUUGGAUGGGCACAUUUUCGGCAAUGGCCAUGGACGCAUACCAUCUUUGUCGUCCUCCAUGGACUUGUCUUUCUGAUGAAGCAACACAGCUAUGCUUUCUACAACGGCUAUCUGUCCGGCGUGUACAGGCGGAAACGUCUGCUGGAGCAAAAGCUGAAGGAUUUGGAGAAUCUAGAGCCGCUACUCUCUCCGCCCACCAGCCCGACUUCACCCCGCGAGUCCUUUAUCGAAGUCUCUUCCAGUGUCGAUCUCAGUCCAAAGACCGAUGAUAUGAAGAGGCGACGUCCUUCGACCGGACCGCGAACAUCCACCAAUUUCAAGAAAGAGCACUCUCUCGUUGCAAGCGUUGCCGCGGCGAUUGAGUCAGGCCAAUCUCUCACUGCCGACCAAAUGUCGACCAUGUCCGACAUUGUCAAGCACGAGAUCUCUGAUCUUGAGAAAGAGCUUCGCGGCAAGAGCGACAGCAAUGCCAAGGCUUACCCGAACAAUCUCACACUCGGCAAUUACAUCGAAUAUACCUGCUUCCCCACCCUAGUCUACGAGCUCGACUAUCCCCGUCAAGAGAGGACUAACUGGUGGUAUGUUUUGGAGAAGUCCGUUGCCACCUUCGGCGUUCUCUGCGUCAUGCAAGUCAUCUCGCAAGGCUUCAUCUACCCCCUCGUCCGGCGCAGUCUCGACAUGAAGGAGACGAAUAUGCCUCUCGAGGACCGAUGGCGAGAAUUUCCUUUCAUUGUCAGCGACAUGCUAUUUCCCAUGCUCAUCGAACAGCUACUUACCUGGUACGUGAUCUGGGAAUGUAUCCUCAACGUCCUCGCCGAAGUCACUCGAUUCGCCGAUCGAGGCUUCUACGGCGACUGGUGGAACAGCGUCACGUGGGACCAGUAUGCUCGAGACUGGAAUCGACCAGUCCACAACUUCUUGCUGCGACACGUUUACCACAGCAGUAUCUCCACCUUCCACCUCAGCCGGAAGGCGGCCACAUUUGUGACAUUUCUCCUCUCGGCCUUGGUGCACGAAAUGUGCAUGGCUCUGAUCUUUAGCAAAGUCCGAGGCUAUCUCUUCUGGAUGCAACUCCUGCAAAUGCCUUUGGUGGCAUUUAGCAGGAGUAAGUUCAUGAAGGGGAGAACGGUGCUUGGGAAUGCCAUUUUUUGGACCGGACUUUUCAUUGGGCCGGCCUUACUCACAAGUCUAUAUCUAUGGAAAUCUGGUGUUCUGAGAUUUGUAUAGCUAGGGCAUAGAUUGUACUUUAUUAUUGAUUUAUGAAUUAUGAAAUUACUUGAACG